UUUGUUACACAAACCCGCUGGGUAAAAUCACGUUCUCAAAAGAGAGAGCAGUUAUAUAACGCUGAAACGACGAAGUUUUAUGAUCCCAUCUCUCUGUGGAAUUCUCUGCUCCAAAAUCGAACCGCACUCCCUCAUGUCUUCGUCUUCAAUCUCAGCCUCUCUCCGAUUAUUCACCACCAAAUUCCCAAACCCUCUCCUUUCCCACAAAACCUUCAUAUCCCCAAAACCCCAUUGCGUCUCGUUCUUCAAACCCAUCUCUUUUCAAAGACUCCCCACCACCCCAUCAUCACCAUCAUCAUCAGCAGCAGCAUCAAGCUCUGUGCCUCUGCAACCCAUAGAAGAGCUCCCUCCAAAGCUCCAAGAAAUCGUCAAUCUCUUCCAGUCUGUGCAAGAACCCAAGGCCAAGUACGAGCAGCUCUUGUUCUACGGGAAAAACCUCAAGCCGCUCGGAGCCCAGUUCAAGACGAAGGAGAACAAGGUCGAGGGAUGUGUCUCGCAGGUAUGGGUCAGGGCCUACUUGGACUCGGACAAGAACGUUGUCUUCGAGGCCGAUUCGGACUCGGUCCUCACCAAGGGACUCGCCGCUUUGCUUGUCAAUGGGCUCUCCGGUCGGCCCGUCGAGGAGGUUCUGCGGGUCUCGCCAGACUUCGCAGUGCUUCUUGGGCUUCACCAGAGUCUCACACCUUCGAGGAAUAAUGGGUUCUUGAAUAUGUUGAAGCUGAUGCAGAAGAAGGCGCUGAAAUUGGCUGUGGAAGCCGAAAAGGGCAAACUUUCGAUUUCAGAAAAAGUCGAUGGCGGUGUUGAAAAUGUGAACUUUGAAUCGAAUCCUGAUGUGGGUGUUGAAGAAAACCCGUUGGGGAUAACGGAUUCGGUGUCCAAAAUCGAUGGCAGUGAUGAAAAUGGGAGCUUUCGGUCGAAUUCUAAGGCGAGCGAAGAAAGCCCCGUUCAGAGUUCGGAUUCAGGUGCUUUGGGGAGUAGGGGGGUGAGAAUUAAGGAGAAAUUGGAGAGAGAGCUUCGUCCUGUAGAAUUGGAAGUGGAAGAUAUCUCUUAUCAACACGCGGGGCACGCAGGCGCUAGAGGAAGUGAUGGGGAGACGCAUUUCAACGUGAAAGUUGUGUCUAAGGAGUUUGAAGGGAAGAGUUCGGUUAAGAGGCAUAGGCUUGUUUAUGGUUUGUUGCAAGAGGAAUUGCAGAGUGGACUACACGCAUUGUCGAUUGUGGCAAAGACACCAUCUGAAGUUUAAUGGAAGAUGAACAUGAAAGAGGUUCAACAUUUUUCUUAUUUAAUUGUAAUCUCAUCUCUUAGGGUGUUUAGUGAAGGUGAUUACUUAAAUUAUAAGAAGCAUCGUAUUACGGAUAGUAAUUGAAAAUAUGUUGGUAAAAUUUGAGAGUUUGGUUUCUUGGA